CGCGGCUUCUGGUCGGUGCUGCUGGCCUGUGGUGCGCUUCGCCUGCCGCUGCGUUGCUGACUGCCCGCCGCGCUCGGCCCCGCGAUGCCGGUAGAUCUCAGCAAGUGGUCCGGGUCCCUGAGCCUGCAGGAAGUGGAUGAGCGGCCGCAGCAGCCGCUGCAGGUCAAAUACGGCGGGGCGGAGAUCGACGAGCUGGGCAAAGUGCUGACGCCCACCCAGGUUAAGAACCGCCCCACCAGCAUUGCAUGGGAUGGCCUGGAUUCAGGUAAACUCUACACCUUGGUUCUGACAGACCCAGAUGCCCCCAGCAGGAAGGACCCCAAGUACAGGGAAUGGCACCACUUUCUGGUGGUCAACAUGAAAGGCAACGACAUCAGCAGUGGCACAGUCCUCUCCGAUUACGUGGGCUCUGGGCCUCCCAAGGGCACAGGCCUCCACCGCUAUGUCUGGCUGGUUUAUGAGCAGGACAGGCCACUGAAGUGUGACGAGCCCAUUCUUAGCAACCGAUCUGGAGACAACCGUGGCAAAUUCAAGGUGGCAUCCUUCCGCAAAAAGUAUGGGCUCAGGUCCCCAAUUGCGGGCACGUGUUACCAGGCCGAAUGGGAUGACUACGUGCCCAAACUGUAUGAGCAGCUGUCAGGGAAGUAGGGAAAAGCUGAGAAAGGAUAUCCUUCCAGAGUCCCCAAGCAGUGUUCUCAAGUUUAGUAAUGCAUGUAGAUUUCUCCUCUUCCCGGCUCCCAUUGUCACAGGUGAGACUUAGAAGUCAGAUAGUGGUUUAGGGCCUUUUCCUGCUGCCUGUCCUUUAUAUUUCUAGAAGGUCAUGCAUCCCUGUUGGUUUUGAUCAAAUUUGAACGCCAUUUGGGGGGAUGUUUUGGUACUCUGAUGGGGCCAUCAAAUUGUUAUUAUAAAAAUAGCAACCCAGAAUUUAAAGAAGAAAAAAAUCCAGGUAAAAAGACCAAGUCUGUAGCAGUAGAGCAAAGCAUCAGUGAAUCUUCAAGGGAGGCCCACUUUUCUGUUGUUGAGGCCGGGCCUUCUGGACAAGCGGCAGUGCCAGGCAGGGAGGUUUGUCAGGAGUCCUUAAAUCUGUGCUUGUGAAAUUGGUCAGUCUUCAUCGGUGUAAGUAACGCUGAUCUGGAGCUACCGAAUGUUGUGUUAAUUCUGCUCUUUGCUUAUAGUUGAAUAAAAAUAAAACAAGUGGACUAA